AUGCACUUAAACGAUGGCUGCGAGGGCUCCACACAAUGCGGCUACAAAAAUCUGAUCGUGCCUCUUUCUCUCCCUCAAUCUUCCACCUUCAUCCUCACGCUUUCUCCUUUCCUGCCUACUGCGGCACCUCAAAAGCAACCCCCCGAGCACAUUUCGAGAAAGGCGCUGUUUGGUCCGCUUGAAAAAGCAGCCAUGGGCGCGGUUCAUCUCUACCUCAUUCGCCACGGCGAAUCCGUCGAUAAUGUCGCGAACCUCUACAGCGCGCUCUUUGUGGGCGUGGCGCGUGUUUGCAGUGCUGGGUCUCGCGACGCACCUUUGACGAACCAUGGCGUCUUGCAAGCCAAGCGUCUGGGUGAACAUCUCGCGACGCGAACCGCUGCGGCCUCGGCCCCCAUCACGCAUGUCUUUUCGUCGAAUCUUCAAAGAGCCCACCGCACUGCGAUGCUAGCAGCCCACACUGGCGAUGCCGAUACCCAGGCAUCGUCUAGUACCGACGCUGGGUCCAUACCCUCAACGGUUGGAGUGGCCCCGCUGCAGUUAGCAGAACUCCGGGAGAAACAUUUUGGAACAGGCGAGGGUCAGAGGUUCAGCGCCCGGUCGUCUGGCGAGAGACAUGAAGGCGCCGAAGACCACGACUCGAUGCGCGUGCGUGCGGAGCGGUUCGUUGACGAGUACCUCGCUCCUCUCUUCGCUUGCGUCGAAGGAGAGCGAGAUGAAGAGCAAGAGGGUGCCAGCAACGGUACGGAGAGCAUCAUCAUUGUUGCCCAUGGCAUCAUCCUGGGCGUGCUGGCGAGGGUUCUCCUUGCCGCUGGCAACUUUGGAUCUUUGGCAACCGGCACGUCGGACCAGCAACAGCGUUUCUCGUGGAGCAACACCGGUUAUCUCUUGUUUCACAUCAAGUCGAUGCCGGCAGUCGAUGCGAAAGAGUCUGCUGGUCUGCGAAGCGGUACGCAGGAACCCAGAUGGCCCCAUCUGAAGCUUGAAAUUGUGGAAGUCAACUGCACUGAACACCUUCGCGGUUUGAAAAAGACGCGCGGAGGGAUUGGCAGCGCAAAAUUUGACGAGAAGCAGAAGACGCUCAGCGCGUUCUUCAAACCGACUGCAUCCAAACGGAAGCACGAGGACAGUUGA